UCCUUUACGUCACGUUUGCUCUAACCCGAUUGGUUCGACUUGACUUCAGGUUUAGCGCUUCCCUUUCUCUACUACGGGCUGUUUUUUACUCAAAACAUUUACUUUUCUAAUCCAAACAACGUUUUUCAGCACACGAGGACAUUUCCAGAAUCACACGAGCUUACAGAAGCGAUGGAAAGCAACAUAUCUCUUCACUUGAAGCUUUCCUCCAUCCUGGAAACGUUGGCUCAGUCCGCCAUAACUGAGCUGAGCAAGGCAGUUGACGAAGACACAGUCGAGCUGCGUUUGGAACUCAUGCGGCUCCAAACGCUCAACUCGGUCUUAAAACAGAAGGUCGACACGCUUGAGAACGAGCUGACGGCGGCCAGGAGCGACGCGCCGGGUCUGUCUCGAAGCCGCAGGACCGUCGGCAUUCAGACCGACGAGCAGGUUCAGGAAUCUCAGGCUCCAGUCAUUGAGGGAGUCUUUGGAAAAGACUGGUGCUUUAAUCUGUGGAAUGAACAAUAUGAUGACAGUCCGAAAAUCUUUGGCCAGCAAGCUGACUAUGAUAUAGAUUCAUCCAUGGAUCUUGACCAUGUCUCCCCAAGCACUACGCCGGUGUUGGAGAUGGGGGCCGAGUUUUCUAGUUUUGAAUCUUUGACAGAGGCUAUUGAAAACUGGCAGAGGUCCAAUUUCGUGGAGCUUUACAAGCGUGGCUCCAGGACGGUGCAGAAUGCCAAAAAGCGGACCAGGAAAAAAUCAUACAACAGCAAUUUAGUGUUCGCCGAGCUGGACUAUGCGUGCGCUCAUGCCAGCAAAGGCUCUGAGUUAAAACGUUGUCCGUUCACCAUCAGAGUGCGAGUUACACCUGAUGGAAGGAAGCUCUACAUAAAGGAUAUCAGUCCUGUUAAUUGCCACAACCAUGAGCUCUCCAAGGCUGUGAUGACUGGACCCGACUCGGGACACGCGGAUCCGAUUCAGGUCAAAGUGGAGGAAUAUUUGGAUGGUAUUGCUAUCACCUCCCCUAACAAAAACCUCAGCCUGAAAACAGAUGAUGACGAAAUCUUCUCUGAGGAACUGGAACUGAUGCCGGCGUGGACGGCCCCCAUGGACGCAGACAGUCUAGAUCCUAACUAUAACAUUAACGGGAUGGAAGAACAAUCCGCGCAGUCGGCAGACGGUCUCGAAAACGGCCUAGACGUUGUCGGAAACAGUUCGAGCGAGCAGUCUUUGCAAGCGAGCUCGAGCGCCGCCGAGAACAAGUAUGUUUGCUUACGAUGCGAUAUUGUCUUCUACAACCCCAGCACUUUGAUGCAGCACCAAAGAGCCCACCAGCGGUACUGGUGCGACGUGUGCAAGGAGCAGUUCGCCACCAAGGCUGAAAUGAAGCAACACAACUGUGACAUGAACCCUAACAAGUGCCGCCUGUGUGGGAAAACCUGGGCCAGUCAGUCGGCGCUACAGACCCACAUGGUGGUCCACACAGGGGAUAAACGCUUCGUAUGUCGUUUCUGCGGGCAGAGAUUUGCGCAGAAAGGCAACAUGAGGAACCACCUCAUCCGGAUGCACAAGGGUUGCGAUGAAUGCGGGAUGACGUUUAACAACAAGUCGCAACUGAUGCAACAUUUAUUGAAACAUAAAAUGCGCACUAUUAGACAGGGGCUUUUAUAGGUCGAUUCAAGGAUAUGGCCAACUGAGACUGGCGGUGGGAACCUCUGGGUACCUCAGGACACAAUUAGCUCACAAGAACGAUGAUGUCACGAAAAAAAACAAGCUGUUUUCCACCUCAGUGAAGUUGGACCCCCAUCAAAUGCACAUUUAUGUAAAAAUGAUGUCAAUCGUUUGUGCUGUAAAAAGUUUUGCUUGUGCCGCUAUCGUUUUUAAGAUAUCUACAAUUGUUUUAUAGGUCAACCAGCUCCCCAUUUGGAUUAAAAAUGGUGUCUAUCGUUCAUGCUUCGUUUAUGCGUUUUUGCUUUUGUUUUUGAGGUAUUGAGAUUAGUGCUGCAACGAUUAAUUGAUUAACUCGAGUAAUUCGAGUAGUAAAAAGAUUCGAAUUAAGCUGCUUUGGGUACUUGUUAAAGUGGUGUUGUAAUGGUUUUGAAAAUGUAAGCAUUUGUUUUAAUAUUUUAGGUGGAUACACUGCCCUCUAGUGGCAACAGUGAAUACGACAUAACUCAUUUCACAUGGCUGCAUCCAGCCGCUUCCUGUUAAGACCAACUUAAGCUGAGUUUUUGUCUGAGCUGUGUUUUUAAUGCAUUCGUAAUUCAGUUAUCAGUAUAUUUAGCUGUUUUUGUGGGAGUAUGUGUUUGAACCAUUUGUUAAGAGCAUGGGGAAAAAAAUUUUUUUUGUAGCAUUUAAGCUAGAUGACUUUUGCUUUGUAAGUUAGCCCAUUGUGAUUUUGUUGUAUUUGGAUCCUCAUUUAUUCAUUUCUUUAUACCAUUUAAGGCUUAGCUGAGUUUUUUAUUUAUUUAUUUAUUUUUAUGUUCCUUAUGUGAUUACUCGAUUAUUCGAACUAACUAGUUCAUCGAUUAAUCGACUACUAAAAUAAUCGAUAGCUGCAGCCCUAAUUGAGAUAUCAAUUUUGAGUGAUGACGUCACUGGCAAAUUUACCAAAUCCAACUCCCGUGGCUGACGGACGGAGCGUACCAACUCUCUCAAUAAUAGAGGGGUGUCCCAACAACUAGCGCAAACGCAGCACUAAUAAAUGGCACCCCAUCGGGUCCAUUUUGCAGUAAAUGGGAGCCUUGAGAUAGUUUCUCGAAUUGACGUGACUCGCAACCCCCCCCAUUUAAUGCAAAAUGGACCCGGAGGGGUGCCAUUCUUUGGGCUACGUUUGUUGGGACAUCCCUUUGUUAUUGACAGACUUGGUACGCUCCGUCAGCCGCGGAAGUUGGAUACGGAAAAGCUGUGAGUGACGUCCUCACUGGAAAUUAAAAUCUCAAUUAGGGCUGCAGCUAUCGAUUGUUUUAGUAGUCGAUUAAGCAAUGAACUAGUUAGUUCGAAUAAUUGAGUAAUCUGAUAAGGAACGUGAAAAAUUAAAAUACCUGAGCUGAGCCUUAAACGGUAUUAAAAAAGAUAAAUAAAUGAGCAUCUAAGUCCACCAAAAGAACAAUGGGCUAACUUCCAUAGCAAAAGUGUGCUAGCUUAAAUGCUACAAAAUGCUAACUUUUUUUUUUUUUCCCAAUGCUUUCAACAAAUUGUUCAAACACAUAUUCCCAAAAAAAGAAGACUAAAUAUACCUAUA